CUAGAAUUAGAUAUCAACACUAAUUCGCCCGGACUUGGCCCGGUGCUCUAGGAGACGUAGAACCAGCUUUUGCGGCUGUGGCCACUUCCCAGCCACUCUAGUGCACCGACUUUCGCACAAGUCCGCAACCAUGCUGGCUACUCCCCGGGCUUCUGCCCGUCCUUUCACCAGCGCGCGCCCGGCCGCCAAGGCGCCCAUUUGCCCUCGCCGGGUGACCGUGCGCGCCGCGGAGGAGGCUGUGGAGGCCGCUCCUGAGGCGUUCGAGGAGUCCAUGGAGUCGGGUCCUCGUGGCCGUCGCAGCUCUGUGGAGAAGGGCAUGGAGCUGAAGCACUUCCUGCCUCUGCCCAAGCCGGCCCACCUUGUGUUCAUUAAGCCCACCGUGGCCGUCGUCGCGGGCACUGCUAGCCGCAGCUCCGUGGGCGUUAAGAUGUCCGCUGGCGACCAGCAACUGGAGCGCUACGUGGUCGAGUACUUCGCUCGCAGCGUCAAGUAAAUGGUGGAAUUUUCAUGUGGGUAGCCAAGAUACGCCCUGGAGCGUGGCCGGGCAGUGUUUAUGCGCGUACAUUGAGAUGUUUGAGGGCAUUUUUCGCGGCCCACUGGUCGGGUGCUGGCUGGUGCCAGGCCGGCCAUGGUGCGAGUGGUUGGCGGUGUGUCGCAAACGCCCACGCCUUGCGCUCCUCGAUCCGGGAGUUUUGACCCUGUCCCGGACGAGCGACUGGCAAGCGCUGUGUAUGCAGCAGUUGGCGGGCGGAUACAGAGACACCGGGGGGUGAAGGGAGUGCGUGGAGCUCUGAGGGUUGGUGGCCGCCCCAGCCAAGGGGUGUAUGCCGAACGGCAAAUAGGUUAGAUGACGGAUGCAGAUGGAAGGACGAGGCGGGAAGGCAGACAUACUGUCGCAUGGAUGUUUACAGACGGCAUUUGGGGCUUUAACGAGACCCGCGGUACAGCGUGUAACGACGUGGUGUU